AUGGCCCCUGUAGACCCCCUAGCACCCAUCUCUCUCUCCACCCACGGAAUCCCACACACGCUCUCCAGUGGUACCCGGGAACCUAAAAGAACGGCCUGGUACACGGACCUCGGGCCGUCGAGACGCGAAAUACAUACACGGGAAUGGGGUGGAGGACGGCAUGCGGUGGAAUAUGAAGGGAUAAGUCCGUGUCACUGCACGAUCCUCCCGCAGACCUGCCUCGAGCCGAUUCUGCUUGAGCGUGCGAGGGAGUUGAAUCCCGGUGGGAUUGUUCAUAAUGCCGAUGUGAUUGCUGUCGUCGAAACUCCCUCCGAGACGGAUCCCGUAACCGUGACGCUGGACCACGCCGAUAUCAAUAAGAGAAAAGCAUACUCCGCAUCGUAUGUAAGCGCCGUAGACGCGGGCCGAACCGUCGGUCCCAAACUCGGCAUCGAGUCUCGCGGUAGGCCGAUAUUUUCGAUAGGGUCUCUGCGCAUAUUCACGCGCCGGGUCUGCGAAAGUGGCAUCCUGAUCCGAGUCUUGAUUAUUUGGUUUAUUGAUCCGGCGAGAGGGGGGAGUAUCCGGACGGGGUAUUUGUAUCACCUUGGGCCGUACAACACAUCAUCUGAGCGUGGUGGAGAAGGGGAAGGCAAAGGGGACGGAGACAGUUUGGGGGACGGAUUGAUGUUCGCAUGCGCAAGGAGCACGACCGACCCGCGCAAGUCCAACGAAGCGGAUAUGCUCGCCCGCCUGUCCGAGACACUCAACAUCCCCGCUGGAAAACUUGACGGGGAGAUCGAGUUCCUGAGUGCAAGCCACUGGAUCGUGAAGGGGAUUGUCGCGAAUCGGUUCCGCAGCAAGGGUGGUCGUGACAGAACUAAUAGAAUAUUAUACACUAGGCCACUUAUGCCCUCAUUACACCCUUAA